GUUUUGUGGGCGACGCAGCAGCAGCCGCGGUUCAAAUCUGCAGGUGUUGUUUGUACUCAGGAGGCGACGAGGGAGAAGUUAAAAUAUGGGACCGCUUUUACUCGGAGUGCUGGGCUGCUCUCUGCUCCUGUCUGUUCAAGCCAUGUAUUCAUCCAGUGAUGAUGUUAUUGAGCUCACACCAUCCAACUUCAACAGGGAGGUGAUCCAGAGUGACACUCUGUGGCUGGUUGAGUUUUAUGCUCCAUGGUGCGGUCACUGUCAAAGUCUAGCUCCGGAGUGGAAGAAAGCAGCCACGGCCCUCAAGGGUAUCGUCAAGGUCGGCGCUGUCGAUGCUGACCAGCACAAGUCACUGGGAGGACAGUACGGCGUCAGGGGCUUCCCCACCAUCAAGGUGUUUGGAGCCAACAAAAACAAACCGGAGGAGUACCAAGGGGGACGCAGCAGCCAGGCGAUUGUGGACGGAGCAAUGAAUUCUCUGCGCAGCCUCGUGAAGGAGAGACUGAGCGGCAAGUCUGGUGGUUCUGGCUACAGCAAGCAGCAGAGUGGAGGAGGAGAUGGCAGCAAGAAAGAUGUGGUCGAGCUCACAGACGACAACUUCGAUAAGACUGUGCUGGACAGCGACGACGUGUGGCUGGUGGAGUUUUUUGCUCCCUGGUGUGGACACUGCAAGAACCUGGAGCCUGAGUGGACAGCUGCAGCCACAGCUGUCAAGGAGCAGACCAAGGGCAGAGUUCGCCUCGGCGCUGUCGACGCUACCGUACAUCAGGUCAUAUCCAGCCGCUAUGGGGUCCGUGGAUUUCCCACGAUCAAAAUUUUCCGCAAAGGGGAGGAGCCAGAGGACUACCAAGGAGGCCGCACUCGUGGCGACAUCAUCGAAAGAGCGAUGGAUCUGUUUUCUGACAACGCUCCCGCUCCUGAGCUGGUGGAGAUUCUGGGUGACGACCUGCUGAAGAAGACUUGUGAUGACAGUCAGCUGUGUAUAAUUGCUGUCCUGCCUCACAUCCUGGAUACAGGUGCAGCUGGUAGGAACGGUUACUUGGAAGUGAUGAAGACGUUGGCUGAGAAGUAUAAGAAGAAAAUGUGGGGCUGGCUCUGGACUGAGGCAGGGGCUCAGAUGGACCUGGAGUCCUCUCUGGGUAUUGGUGGAUUUGGGUACCCCGCCAUGGCUGCCAUCAACGUACGCAAGAUGAAGUUUGCGCUUCUCAGGGGCUCGUUCAGUGAAACGGGCAUUCAUGAGUUCCUCAGGGAGCUUUCUGUGGGCCGGGGCUCGACUGCUACACUGGGAGGCGGCGUCAUGCCCAAGAUUUAUUCUGUCGAACCCUGGGAUGGCAAAGAUGGAGAACUUCCUGUGGAGGAGGAUUAUGACCUCAGUGACGUAGACCUGGAUGACGACUUUGGGAAGAAUGAGUUGUGAGUCCAAACUGUUGAGGAUCUGUCUGGUCCAGUGUGUCCCCGCCUCCCCUCCCCUGUGGAUAAACAGGAGGCCGUCGCCCAGUUACUGAAAUACUCCAGAAAAGACAAAUGAGACAUCUGCAGUUUUUCUACAUCAUCAAACUGUCACACAGGGACAGGAGGGAGGGGGAGCGUGUGCCUGCGUCUCUGGGAUGAAUUUGUUUUCACAAACCUGCUGAACGUUAGAGCAGCUGCAUAUUUAUGAAGCUGCCACCAGCCGAGGGGAGGAGGCUCUGAAUGUCACGUCAAGUCUUUCCAAGGCAUUGUUCCUUCUCGUCUUGAAGCACCUAUUUUAAGAUGUGGACUUGUGAAAAUAACACUUCAGCUUGAUGAGACUAAACUUGAUUACCUUAACAAAAAAAAACAAAAAAAAGGCGUACAUCAAAUAUUUUGUUGGAUUUGCGUCGUGUCCGUUCACGACAAUGGGACUUUGCGGGACGUCUUGUGUAGAUUUUUCUUACACGACUUUAUUUCAAUUGUGUGAAAACAAAAUGCAUUUUUUGUUACAAAAAUAAAAAUAAUAAAAACAAUUGUGGUUUCCUUAUUCACAUAAUCACAAUAUCUAAUAAAACACAUCUAACUGA